UGACUAACCUAUUAUUGCGGGUGACUGAACGAUACAAAAUCGUGCAAAGAACUAGUUUAUUCCAAUCAAUUAAGAUCGAACCAUGAUUUCACAAUUGAUUUACAGGGUAAUCAAUCAUCAUGUCACAAUCACGUAUUAUGAGAUGAUCAACCAUCAUGUCACACUUAUUCAAAGAUUUUUCAGAAUUCAAGUUUUGUCCGAACCCAUAUUUUCAAAGAUUUUCAAAUCGAACAAGUAAAACACAACUAAAAUGGCUGGCAAACAAAGGGUGGACCGGCAGAACCCGGUCCUAACCCGAACUAGUUACCCGGGUCACGGUGGCGGAAGAAAAAGAAACAAGUACGAGAUGCUGCCGAGAUCCAUUCCCCCGCCCGAAACUGCAAAACCUCAGUAAACCCUCCCAUCGUUCCGCCCUCCAAAAACUCCGGCCACUGACCGUCGCCGAUUCAAGCAAUGAUCACCAGAAGUCGACGACUGCUAUCUUCUCUCCUCUCGUCGACAUCAGUUCUCGCCAACGCGAAACCCACCUCGACCCCAAUCCCAUUCCCGCCAUUUCAAUCUUUGCAACUCCCCUCCUUCCACGGCGCCAAUGUGGCAUCUGGGUUUCCGGGCUCCCUUCGAAAUUACAGCCUGUUGAGCUUGAACGACUUAAGGGAGAACAUACCCAGGAAGCAGAAGACCAGAAAGGGGCGCGGGAUUGGGUCAGGGAAGGGCAAGACUGCUGGGAGAGGUCAUAAAGGACAGAAAGCUAGAGGGACUCACAAGUUCGGAUUCGAAGGUGGGCAGACGCCGAUGCGCCGCCGUCUCCCCAAGAGAGGGUUUAAGAACCCUUUUAGCCUCACUUUCCAGCCAUGUGGCCUGGGAAAGAUUGCAAGGCUUAUAAAUGCUGGGAAGAUAGAUUCUCAUGAACUGAUCACAAUGAAGACACUCAAGGAUACUGGAGCCAUAGGAAAGCAGAUAGAAGACGGAGUAAGACUCAUGGGACGUGGCUGUGAGCACAUUGUAUGGCCUAUCCAUAUAGAGGUAAAUCUCAUUACGAUGUUUUUCUUUUGUUUGUGUGUGUCAAGGGUGACCGUUAGAGCCAAGGCAGCCGUCGAAGCAGCUGGAGGAUCGGUCCGACGGGUCCACUACAACAAGCUGGGGCUGCGAGCACUGCUGAAGCCAGAGUGGUUUGAGAAGAAGGGUAGGCUUCUGCCCAGACCAGCUAGACCUCCUCCAAAAUUGAAGCACAAAGUCGAUAGCAUUGGCCGAUUGCCCGCGCCAACCAAGCCAAUCCCAUUUUACGUUGAGGCGAACGAAAGUGACGAGAAGGUGGGGGGUGCAGAAGAAUCUCCCCAGCUCACUGCUUGAUCAACCAUCUUUUUGGUUUCAGUUCCUUUUCUCCCCAGUUUUUUUGGUUAGGAGUCUUUGAUGACUCUGUCUGUGCCCUUGGCCCUUAUUGAUAAGUGAUAAUCAUCCUGGAUGUUCUGCAGAAAAGGACCUCCAAAGCGUUUGUUUUGCUUCUCAACUUUCCUUUCAUAAAAAGGACUUUCAGUUUUUCCAUUACAAGUUACCAAAUGGCAACACCUACC